AUGGCAUAUGCACCCCGUCCUAAUGCCUGCUUCAAACACCCAUUACCAGUCCCCCAAAAAUCUCCGAACCGCAAUCCCAUCCAUGUGGCUGAGAUUCCAAAUCCCUUCUUGCGCGUCUCGCCCUCUCUUUCCGGUUACCUGAGGCACGCCUCGCAGAGGCUCGCACACCAUCCUGAUACAGCCCCACACGUCACAUCUAACCAAGCUUUCCCCCCCCUCCACCCUCCGACCAAUCCUCGCCCAGCACCUACCGCAAACAGGCCAAGGCGGGCCCUUCCCCAGCGCGCAUCCUCAUGUACUCCCCUCAUGCCGCAGCCGCGAUCCUCAGGAACAGCGGGCAUCCGGUUUCAGGCCAAGACCCGCGAUACAGACAUAGUAGCACGGUGCCAGGCGGUCGCUUGCUUGGACAACGCCACGCGGGCACUGCAAUGCGCGGGCUGGGCAUCGUAUUAA